UAAAUCUAAAUCUAAAUCUAAAUCUAAAUCUAAAUCUGAAUCUAAAUCCAAAUCACACAUCUUAUACUUAUAAACUUCUACUAAGGCAUAACGUCGUGAAGUAGUUAGCAUCAUUUUCAUUUCUCUGUUGUUUUCUACUUGGAAGUAUUACCAACCAAUUCAGCCCGCAACACCCGAUUUCGUGAAGAAAAUUAUUGCAGGGCCUCGUCGUCACUCUUCAUGGAUUCUUCACUGCAUGAGAUCUGGCAAACUGCUCCAGGCAGUCCAUUUCUUCCUACAGUUGGAAAAGGUAGUCAGUUUCUAGUAGGAUUUGUCCUACUCCUCCUCGGUCUUACUCUGACUGGCGCAUUCGCAUUGAACCGAUCUCUCGUCAACCUCCCCCUCUACGGACUCCCAGCCUCGCUGGCUGUUGCAUUUGGCACGGUGUACAUGUUCUGUGCGGUUGGAGUUUACGUCUAGAAGAUACCCCGAGAAGGGCAUCGCAGGCCCAGGAGAGCGCCGGUCUGUACCAUAGAUGAAUUGAGGUUUACGAAAGUAUUCUUUGGGCUACAAACACCUUAUAUGAACGUGAUCGGCAACUAUUGCAACUAUUGCUGCUAGCGAAGUUGUUACUAUCUUCUAAGAUAAUAUCGAAAAAGUCUCGACUUAAGGAAAACCAUAUCCUCCAAUAUGGCCUCGUCCGUUGGAUCUGCUCCUCCGCAACUACCCCUAUUUCGAGCAGUGGCCAGUUCCACGAGGCAAAUAUAUCAACUGUUAAAAUGCAUCAGCUUCACAGCCAAGGUACAGGUGGAAAUAACUCAGGAGGGCAUCCGCUUUGCCGCAGACCAUUCGCACGUGAUGCAAGGCGUAGCGUUUUUAGAUAAAGCUCUCUUUACGUCUUAUACCUUGAACUUGCCAGAUGAAGGAAGCGAUCCACCAAAAUUUCAAAUGAAUUUAGUCGCUUUGCUGGAAGCCUUACAGAUCUUCGGGGCUACGGACGUAGCAGCCCGAGCGGCCAAAGCGGAAUCGGAAGCUUAUCGUAGCAACCUACGUAACUACCGGCCAGACGCCUUUAAUCACCAGACACUAGGUAUGCCGGGAACAUGUUGUAUCAUGUACGAAGAAGACGGAUCUCCGCUAAGCAUCAUCCUGGAGGAAACUGGAGUCAAGACUCAGUGUAAUAUGGUCACCUACACCCCUGAAUCACAUGAUAAUAUCCCUUUCGAUCGGGAGGAUAUAGCCUUCAAGAUUAUCAUGCAAGCUCGAUGGCUCCUCGAUGCUCUUUCUGAGUUAGCUCCAAUGGCUCCAAUGCGUAUCGCCAUUGCUGCUUCACCAAAUGCCCCCUAUCUAAGCCUGUCAAGCAGCGGGGCCCUUGGCAGUGCCAGCGUUGAGUUCUCAAGCGGCCGUGACCUUCUCGAGACCUUUUCCGUGCAUGGCCGUUGGGUACAAAGUUUCAAAUUCGACUUUGUCAAGUCGGCAAGCGAGGCUAUGCGCAUAGCGAACAAGGUCAGUUUCCGCGGGGAUGGUCAAGGCGUUCUCAGCUUGCAGUUUAUGGUCGAGGUUGAAGGCGGUUCGGUCAGCUUCCUUGACUUCCGGUUCGUUCCUUAUGUUACGCAAGAAGACGAGGAAACCGGGAGCGAGGAGGAAGACAAUCAAUAACCCGCUCUCGUCUAGCGAGACGCCCGCCGAGCUUAUAUAUGCGGUUUCCGAUGUUAUGGUUGCUUGUUAGUCAGUAGUCUAAACUAUCCGGCUGCUUUCAAGUUUCAUAUCUGUCUCUCUAAUACAACUAGAUUGCCAUUUAAACGAAACCAGCGAAUACAGUAUCCGUAAUUUGGACUUGCUUAGUUCACAGCUAAAAUUGACCAUUCAUUUCGGCAUCGUUUCCUCCA